UCUCAGUCAGUUGUUGUCUGUUGCUGCUGGGGACACACUGAGUUGGAAAGGUCGGUGUGUGUUAAUGCGUGUGUGUGAAAAGUGUGAACUUCCUAAACUAAACCAGACCACUUCACGCUUCUCCGCCUACUUCAGUGAAAAUACUACCCAGUGGGACCAACACCAACAGGGAACAGGAAACGAAUGAUCUAGACAACAACCUGAGGUCCUCCACUGGAGAAGGUUUGCUGGAAUGGGUAACCUGCUAAAAGUCCUUACAAGAGAAAUAGAGAACUAUCCACACUUUUUCCUGGACUUUGAAAAUGCACAGCCGACAGAAGGCGAGUGUAAGGUGUGGAACCAGGUGAACUCGGUCCUGCAGGACUCUGAGAGCAUCCUGACGGGGCUGCAGGGGUACAAAGGGGCGGGGCUGGAGAUCAGAGAUGCGAUCCAGAAUCCCAGUGACAUGUCACUGCAGGAGCGAGCCUGGAACUCCGUCUGCCCGCUGGUCAUCAAACUCAAGACGUUCUACAGUUUCUCCCUCAGACUAGAGGAGGCUUUGAAGAGUUUGCUGAAGUCGCUUACUUGCCCGCCCCUCACUCCUACUCAGCAUCUGGAGAGGGAGCAGGCGCUGGCCAAACAGUUCGCUGAGAUCCUCCACUUCACUCUGCGCUUUGACGAGCUCAAGAUGAGGAUUCCUGCCAUUCAGAACGACUUCAGCUACUACAGGAGGACCAUCAGUCGGAACCGGAUAAACAACAUGAAUUUGGACAUUGAAAAUGAAGUCAACAAUGAGAUGGCCAACCGAAUGUCUCUGUUCUACGCUGAGGCCACGCCCAUGCUGAAAACACUGAGCACCGCGACGACAAACUUUGUGUCGGAGAACAAAACUCUUCCACUGGAGAACACGACAGAUUGCCUCAGCACCAUGGCCAGCGUGUGUAAGGUCAUGCUGGAGACGCCGGAAUAUUCGAGUCGCUUCAGCAGCAAGGAUACACUCUUGUUUUGCAUGAGGGUGAUGGUGGGAGUGAUCAUCCUUUACGACCACGUCCAUCCAAACGGCGCCUUCACCAAGUCCUCCAAGAUAGAUAUGAAAGGCUGCAUAAAGGUGCUGAAGGACCAGCCGGUCGACAACGUCGAAGGACUCUUGAAUGCUCUCAAAUUCACCACCAAACACCUGCACGACGAGUCCACUCCAAAAAACAUCCAGUCAAUGCUCCAGUAACAUUUUCUUUUUCUUUUUAUAAAUAUUGAUAUGAAGAGGAUCAUUCUGCUGACCUCAGACAAGAUGUAAAUGUUUACAUUAUUUUUUAAAAAUGGUUUGUUGUUCAUACUUGUGUGUAUUGUGCAAAAAUCCUACACCCCAGUUUAUUUUAGCCCUGCAGAUUUGAUUACUUUCUACUUUCCCACCAUAAAAAUAAACAAAAUAAAACUCAAAAGCAUCCCUUGAAAGGCUUUUAAAAGCUGCCUGUUGAUGACGUUCGCCUUCCCGGAUGGCGGGAAAUGAUCUCUGAAAGCUGCUGCCCAUGAGCAAGGCAGCAUAAAAUCCCAGCUGACGAUGAAAUUUAAAGUUGAGCUUCAUAUGAGAUUCUUCCGAUGCAGAGUAAAUAUUUGUUUUUGGGAUACCGACUUUAGAAAAUCCGUCUUCGGUUCACCUUUGUGACCUUUCCGAGAAAUGCGUUAAAGUCUCGGACGUCAAACCGACUUCAUCUCUGUUGGAGUGAAGAAUCGCUGAAGGGUGGGUUGUUGAAAGUGACUAUAAAUGAUCCAGUCAAAUGUUUUCUUGAGCUGUUUUUAAAAGCUACAUGCUGUGCCAUGUUUUUGGGUCAAUUUCAUCCUAACUGUGCUGCCCGUUUUUAGUGGCACCACUGGUUCAAAUCUUCAAAGGCUUAAAAUAAAUUCGUCUUUUAUCGCAGCAGCACGAUCUCACAUUGGAAAUGCUUGAAAGUUCAAUCAUUUUUAAUUUAUCCUCUGGCGAAACUACCAAUUUAGCAUAAAUUAAUUUAUUUGAAUUAAAAUUUCAGUUUUAGUGUAGCUUAUUUUGAAAAUAAUAAACUACGUAUAUCCACCAUCUGAUCUGCACCAAAUUCAACAAAAUGGAUACUAAUUCAGCUGCUAAAAUAUAUUUAUGAAAAAAUUGGGUGGGGGUGGUAAAAUACCUCUACAGCGCCCCCUAGGAGCAUUAAAAUAGUCAGCCACAGCCCAUGCUUUGACCGCUGCUUCUGAAAGUUGAUACAUCUGUGUAACUGAUCAAGACCUACAAAGAAACAUUUCUUGCAGCCAAUUAUUGUGUAACACAGUUUUUCAAUUCAAGAUGAUGCUACUGGAAUAAAAGAUGCAUUUCCACACGUCUUUACCAUGUGGGCCAAUAUUUUGAUGGUAGUCAUUCUUUUAACAGAAAGACCAAAAAUAUUUAAUUCUAAAUAAAUUAUAAUUAGUAAAAAAAAAAAAAAAGAGAGAUAUUUUGACCCUGUUGUUGGAAAUUUUAAAUGACAAAAAAAACAAAACUCACUUGUUCUCCGAAGUGUCCAGUUUUUUGUUGUUGUUUUGUUUUUUUACGUUUAAUUUUAAAUGUGACUGUUGACAUUGUGCUAGUCCUUCCUGAUGAAUCAAACUAUGGAGGUGAAGUGAAACAGGCCACCAGCACUGAACAGAUCCUCCAGCUGCCUCACCUGGUUGUGUGUGUGCGCGCGUGUUUGCGUGUGUUUGGGUGCUUACCUUACACUGCUCUCAAACUAGGUUGGACAAUCUGUGACUGUUAAACUGUGGCUCUUUUUUUACCAAUGACAGAUGGGGAAAGAGAGAGAAUGUGUAUUAAUGGACAUCAAUGUGUAGGGUAGUCGUUUAAAACUUUUGUUUGUUUCCUUUUUUACCACAAUCUGGAUCUCACGAUGGAAAUGCCAGAGGGCCGCCUUGAUGCCCUGCAUUGCCUUAAAUAAGCUGGCGAAGCAUGGAAAAACCUGUUUCAGUUGUGCCGAAUCCAUAAAGCCAUACAUUUAACCCUCCUGGGUGUCUUAGAACGACGCUGCGCAAAUAUCACGGUCAGGACGCUGAAUGGGUUAUCCCGUCAGAGCGUCAGUUUCCAAAACCACACAAAAAAACCCCUGUAAAAGCGCACGCAGGUUCAAUGUGGACCAGACCGCGGGAGGGUUAAAAUGAGCCGCAGCCACUCCUGUCCCUCCAUUAACGCUUUCAGACUAACAUCACCUUAACAUCCUGUUGUAUUUUCACAUGCAUCCAAUCAUGAGUGCGAGCCAUAUUUUUGAUGCAAUGAGAUUGCGGUAUCAUACAAGUCUCAUUUCUGACUGAAGAGACCCGCCCCCCUGUCUUCUGUCAGGGACCUUCUUUGGCCCCAACUGCUUGCUGAAUGAAAGACUUUGUUUUAAUUACUGAUCUUUUUGUUUUUGUCUUCAACUGACAGUUAUUGUUCAAUAUUGUUCAGAUUUCUGCUCACUGUUUAUGGAAGUUGCUUCAGCUGUGUUCUUGCGUACUGGGUGGGAGGUUUGAAUUGGAUAAUAAAGGUGGUACAUUUCUUAAA